AUGAAAGCUCUCAAAGAUGUUUGUAAUGACUAUGAGCGCAAACUUCUCACCAAAAUAGUUGAUCCAGCGCGCGUAAAGACAACGUUUGAUGAUAUAUGCGCUCCAGCGGCGACCAUUGACACACUACAAACAUCUAUAAGCCUUCCAUUACUCCGACCAGAUAUCUUUUCUUAUGGUAUUCUCGGGCGUAACUUUACAUCAGGAAUGCUUCUCUUUGGUCCACCAGGCACGGGAAAGACCUUACUAGCCAAGGCUGUUGCUAAAGAAAGCGGUAGUCGUAUGAUUGAGAUCCAGGCCAGCGACAUUUACGAAAUGUACGUUGGUGAAGGUGAAAAGAACGUUAAGGCUGUAUUUUCACUUGCCAGAAAACUAGCACCUUGUGUUAUCUUCAUAGACGAAGUUGACAGUUUGCUGAACGCCCGUAGAUCGGACCUUGCUUCCAAUACUCACCGCGAAAUUGUCAACCAGUUUAUGGUAGAAUGGGAUGGCUUAUCUAGUAACAAUCACGGAGUCAUUCUUAUGGCGGCCACCAAUAGACCGUAUGAUUUGGAUGAUGCAGUCCUCCGACGGAUGCCACGAAGAAUAUUAGUCGAUCUACCCAACCAAGAGGAAAGGGCGAAGAUACUCACACUCCAUCUUCAGGGAGAAAAGGUGGAUCAAGGAGUGUCCAUUGAAAAGCUUGCAAAGGCGACCCCAUAUUACUCGGGUUCAGACAUAAAGAACCUUUGUAUUGCAGCCGCCCUCAACGCUGUUAAGGAGGACACUGGCAAAGACUUCUCAAAUAUAAAGGUGGUUGGUAAUGCUGUCCCUGCAGCGAAUGCGCCUAUUCGGGUCCUCAAAGAACACCAUUUUGACCAAGCGCGUUCGCAAAUCGCACCCAGUGCCUCUGAAGACAUGCACUCCUUGAUUCAAAUCCAUAAAUGGGAUGGACUGUACGGAGAUGGCAAGCACCGCAAGCGACACAAAGGCAUUGGCUUCAACGAUAUCGAACCAACAAAGAUUAGCGUUAAAGCAUAG